GGCACAGCAGACAAUAAAUAACCGGGUAGGGAGCUGUACCGGGCCGGACUACACUUCCUGACUGAUGAUGUUACACCACCUGGAAGCCUGAGGCUGCACUACUACCUGAAUAUUCCUGAGUUUUCCCCAUCACCAUGGAGACUCAAAAGAAUGAUGCUGCUCAGACCAAGGGAGUGGCAACUUCUGAGGAUAACCAGGACCAGGAGGCAGAGAAAGGAGCUGAGAACAAGACAGAUAUGGUAACAGAAGGGCUAGUGUCAGAGCGACAUUCAUCUGGCCCAGGUAGACUGAAGAAAACUGCUAUGAAACUCUUUGGCGGCAAAAAGGGAAUCUGUACUCUGCCUAGUUUCUUUGGAGGGGGGCGAAGUAAAGGUUCUGGAAAAAGCAGCUCCAAGAAGGGUUUGAGGAAAAGCAAAACACAUGAUGGCCUGAGUGAAGCAGCCCAUGGCCGUAAAGAUGUUGUCAGUGAAGGAACUGGCUUCUCCCUACAUUUUCCUGAAUCACCCUGCCGAUUUCCCAGCUCCCAGAGUGUCUAUGGAACUUUGGAGACAGGCUACAGGCAUAAAACAUCUGUGGCUGGAGCUGACACGCUGCCCCCUUUACCAAAGCCAAAGAAGGGCUUAAAAGGUUUUUUUAACAGUAUCCGCCGUAACCGAAAGAGCAGGGCUGCUGGAGCUGAGCAAAGUGAGCCAAAUGCCAAGGCACCUGAGGGAGCCAGAUCUGGGUCUCAUGAGCACGUGAGCUUAGUCCCUGUGCCCUGCUCUGAAGAGAGCUGCCAAGCCACUACAAAGGAAAAUGCCAAACCCCAAGAUGUUCUGGGGCCAAAAAUUUCUCCAGCGCCAGAACCUUCUCCACCAGCUACUGAAAAGAUAGCCUGUAAAAAUUUAGAAAAUUCCAUAGGUAUCUCUGCCUCAUCACUUGUGCUACCCAAGCUUGUCCCUGAAUCCAGUAUGCUAGAGGAGUCUCAUAGGCAAACAGGGGAAAAGAUAGUAGCAGGAGAGCUGAAUCCACCCAAAGGCCCUGUGGGGGAUCAGUUGAGCCUCCUGUUUGGGGAUGUCACAUCCCUGAAAAGCUUUGACUCAUUAACAGGUUGUGGUGAUAUUAUAGCAGAACAGGACAUGGACAGUAUGACAGACAGCAUGGCUUCUGGGGGUCAGAGAGCCAACAGAGAUGGGACCAAGCGAAGUUCCUGCCUUGUGACCUACCAAGGAGGUGGAGAAGAGAUGGCCUUGCCAGAUGAUGAUGAAGAAGAAGAAGAGGAAGAUGAGGAGGUAGAAUUGGAGGAGGAAGAGGAAGUCAAGGAAGAAGAUGAGUUAGAUUAUCUGUGGGUAAAUGCCCAGAUGUACCCAAGGCCCAAUCUUAACCUGGACUACCAUUCCACCACAUCCCCAGCCCAUCACAGCUACAUGCUCCUUGAACCAGUUCAGUCCUACCCUGGUCUAGCCCCUGGGGAACUUUUGACUCCUCAGAGUGACCAGCAAGAGUCUGCCCCCAAUAGUGAUGAAGGUUAUUAUGACUCUACUACACCUGGAUUUGAGGAUGAUUCAGGUGAGGCCCUGGGGCUUGUCCAUAGGGAUUGCUUACCCAGAGACAGCUAUAGUGGAGAUGCCCUAUAUGAGUUUUAUGAGCCAGAUGACAGUCUUGAGAACUCUCCACCUAAGGAUGACUGCCUUUAUGAUCUCCAUGGUCACAGCUCUGAGAUAUUUGACCCCUUCUUGAACUAUGAGUCCUUUUCUUCCUCUCGGCCACCUGGGGCAAUGGAGACAGAGGAAGAACGGCUAGUGACCAUCCAGAAACAGUUGUUGUACUGGGAACUUCGUCGGGAGCAGCUUGAGGCCUGGGAGACAUGUGUUCAAGAGGCUCAUGCCAGGAAACCCCACACUAGAAAGACCUAUACCCAAGAGGCUCAUGCCAUGGAGGCAUGUGCCCGAGAGGCUCAGACAUGGGAAACUCAUGCCAGAGAGGCGCGAACCCGAGAAGCCCAGGCCUCAGAGGGUCGUGAUCUAGAGGCUGAAGUCCUAGAGGCCCAGGCCCGGCAAGAGAAGCCUAUUUUGGAGUAUGAGUUGAGGCCCUUAGGCCCAUCAGUGAUGGGCCUGAUGGCAGGAGCAUCAGGAGCCUCUCAGACUUCCCACCAAGGAACCACCUCAGCUUUCCCUGCCACUGCGAGCAGUGAGCCAGACUGGAGGGACUUCCGUCCUCUGGAGAAGCGUUUUGAGGGCACCUGCUCCAAGAAAGAUCAAAGUACCUGUCUGAUGCAGCUUUUCCAGAGUAGUGCCAUGUUUGAGCCAGACGUGCAAGAAGCCAAUUUUGGAGGCUCUCCCAGGAAGGCCUACCCAACUUAUUCGCCCCCUGAGGAACUAGAAGAGGAGGAGGAUGAGAAGGAAGGGAAUGUCACUGUGAGUUUCUCACAGGCCCUAGUGGAGUUUACUAGCAAUGGAAACCUUUUUUCUAGCAUGUCUUGCAGCUCUGACUCUGACUCCUCCUUCACUCAAAACCUCCCUGAGCUGCCCCCCAUGGUGACCUUUGACAUAGCUGAUGUGGAGCGGGAUGGGGAAGGGAAAUGUGAAGAGAAUCCUGAGUUUCAUAAUAAUGAAGACCUUGCAGCCUCCUUGGAAGCUUUUGAGCUGGGCUAUUACCACAAACAUGCCUUCAAUAACUAUCACAGUCCAUUCUACCAAGGCCUGUCCUGGGGUGUAAGCAGCCUCCCUCGAUACUUAGGGCUACCUGGCAUGCACCCACGACCUCCACCUGCCACCAUAGCUCUCAACAGGAGAAGCCGCUCUCUUGACACUACAGAGACCCUGGAGCUGGAGCUCUCCACUUCUCAGUUGGCCCGGGCUUAUCUGGAUUCUGAUGAGCUUCAGGCCCAGCAGGAAAAUUCAGAUGAAGAAGAUGAAGAGGAGAGAGAAUGGGGCCGAGUCAGUCCCCUGUCACUCUAUACUGAACCCCCAGGGACUUACGACUGGUUAACCUGGGCUCCCCGUCCUCUCCCAGUGAGACCAGAGCCUGCCUGGGUAAACACCAGCCAGUUGGAUGGGCCUUCCAGCCAGUCUCUCUAUGGGCAGGGAUCCUGUUGUGUACCUCCUGUAGCCAUGUCAUUAUCAGUGCCAAGGCCAGAGCCAAUAGCAUCUGGGGAAUCCAGGCCUCAGUUAGCUCGGCCUGUACACCUACCACUGCCCAUGGUCCCUUGCUAUAACCUCCAGCCACAGGCCUCUCAGAGUAUAAGAGCCAGGCUUCAAGAUGUGUUAGUGCCAGUUGAUGAGCCCAGUUGCUCCUCCAGUACUGGAGGAUUCAGCUCUGGAACUGUGCACCAGGCUAAACCUGUGGGCAUCACUCAUGGUGUCCCUCAACUGCCUAUUGUCCAGCCCCAGUCCCCCCAGCCUCAGCCCAGUCACUACAGGGCUUCCAAAGGCUUCCACCUUGAAUUGCCAAAGGAGAAGACUGAGCAUGGUGCCUCUCUUCCCACCAGCUUCUCCACUGCCAUUAAUGGAAACUUAGUCAAGUAGUCAUCAUCAGUUCUGGAGUAGAGGCGUGGGUCCUGAGCAUGUGAAUGGGGAUCAUGCGUUGGACAGAAGGGUGGGGUGGGGAUUAACCUGAAAAUCGUUUUGUCAAGGAAAACUGGGUUUUCACCUUUUUUUUUCCCUUUCCCACUUCUGCUAUUUAUGGUUACAUUCAGCUCAAGUACAUCUGCCCAGAAAGGCUACUGCUGCUGUGCUUGUUUUUGUUUUCAGGGUUUCUUUUUGUAACCAUUGCAGGGUUUGGGAUGCUCUAAU